CCUGUUGCGCUACCUCCACCUUGUCUCUCAGGUGCAUGAACCGCGGAAAACUACUUCCCAAAGACAAAAAAGUGGAUUAAAAAACGUUAAUGGACGAGAUGUAGCUACUUGUUUCAAUAUCGAGAAGUAGUUAAAGCUGGUACGUGGAAGAACCGCCAAUUAUCUUGACGACAUGUCUGUAAGCAGCGCGGGCGGCGUAAGAGACACCUCGGGGCCUGGCAGCCACAAGCGAGGACUGAGCCUGACGAGCAGCCAAAGGUCUUUCUUCUACGAGGAGGGCUGCGUGGACCCUGUAGAAGCAGAGAUCCAGAAGCUGAGGACAGGCCAGCAGAAAGAUGCAAACGGGCAGCAGUCAGAGACAACAGGUUUUAUCGCUUCUUCAGCCAGUCCUCCCUCCGCCAAUCAAACCUGCAAUCCCUGCACUUCCCCGAGGGCCUGUAGGACCAUUAUGUGCCGAGUCUUGACCUGCGGCCUUUAUAGAGUGUUUACGCGUGUCCCGUGUUUGGCGCCUAAAGAGAACGCGGUAGAAGAGCCAGAAAAUCUGAGCCUCCGAGCUGAGAAUCCGUUAGACCUACAACAAGAAGAGGACGACGACUGGCUGGGGGAAGUCUGCAUUAACGGAGUGAAAGUAGACAGUCCAAGAGAGUAUUUAGUAACUGAAGCUGUAACGUACGUGCCUCAAACGCAGCCCCGCCAUCCAUCCCUACAGGAGUGUAUAAUGCUCGAGGACUGGGAGGACGGCGAGGAGGACGUGGACUCGCUGAUUAGAAAGAAGCUGCUGGAGCUUUACACCGAGUAUCAGAUCGAGGAGUUUGCCCGGUGCACGUCAGACUCUGUGUUCCUGCGCAAGAGCAAGGACAUCAAUCUGCUCAUCAACACGCUGGCCGAGGAGCAUCAAAUGGACGAGCAAGAGGCCGAGUGUCGGCUGGUGCGCGGCAUCAUCCGCAUCAGCACGCGCAGGAGCAAGAAGAAAAAGAGGCCGCACGUCUCCCGCACGGAGAAAACGCUGUCAGACAGCGGCAACGAGACCAUGAGGGAGAGCAGCUCUUUUACGUUCAGCAACAACAAUGACUACAAAUCCGAUCCCAACUUCCAAAUAUCCGAAUUGAGUCCCUCUGACAAGUGUGCCAGGGAAAUAUGGAGGAACAAUAGUGGUCUUACCUCCAGGUCGUCAAUAACCUACUCCCCCUCCCACACAGGGACAAACUCCUCAGGCGUCCCACUCAUCAGCACUUCCGUCAGAACAUGACGCGCUUGCCAUAUAUGCGUUUUUAUUUCUCUUUCAAGGGGCCACGAUCGUGUGUUAAGGACGUCCGUCAACUCAGGGCUCUGUUUGUUUCAAUAUUUAUGUUCAUUUUUUGUUUGUAUGUGAUUAAUUAUACACAUAAUUCUGCUUCACUAGCAGCUUUUGAUGAUUUUAAUAAAUCACAACAAGUAUCUUGACGAAAGCAGAAUUGUGCAGUCUUACUGUUUUUUUAAUUUAUACGUUUUCAUUCGUAAUUAUCCAUCUCAUCAUAAAUGAAGCAGAUGCAUUCUGAAAUCUCACAAGUGGGUUCAUGUGGGACGUUCUCCCAUCCAAAGGCAAAACCCAGUAACUCAGUUUUGGUCAAAACUGAGCUGAUAAUAAUUUUGGAGUUCCUAGGUGAUAUGCUUUACAUUAGUGUAUGCGAUAUUGUAAUUUGUUCCGUAAGUAAGCUGUUACGCGCAUGGCAGGACCUAGCAACUACCACAUAACCGCGUAGAUACAACAGAAAAACCUAGUAUUUCAAGGGACCAAUCGGAGUUUCUUUGUCAGUCGCCUUAUUGUCUUUAAUGGGACUGGACGCUGUACACGGCUCUUUGGGGCGGCAUAGCUCGGUUGGUAGAGCGGCCGUGCCAGCAACUUGAGGCUUGCAGUUUCGAUUCCCGCUUCCGCCAUCCUAGUCACUGCCGUUGUGUCCUUUGGCAAGACACUUUACCCACCUGCUCCCAGUGCCACCCACACCGGUUUAAAUGUAACUUAGAUAUUGGGUUUCACUAUGUAAAGCGCUUUGAGUCACUAGAGAAAAGCGCUAUAUAAAUAUAAUUCACUUCACUUCACAUUUGCACGAAUGGGGGCCGACGGUCAACCCGAUUAUGUGAUAUUAUGGCACGAGGGGAUAUUUGGAAGAUCGGUCUAGGACGUUGCAAGCACCUUCAUUAAAUGUAUUGUUCUUGAUUCUUCCCCUUGCAUACUCUUUUGGGCUGAUAACUGUGGAGGUCAAAAUAAAAACUGGACGCUGUACACGGCUCUUGCCCUAUGUGCAAACGCCGAAUGGGGCCCACCCGAGAUUGUGAUAAAAUAUCUGGAGAAAGGGCCAGCAGAUUCAAUCCAUGGCUCAAUCUGCAAGAAAAUGAAAGCUCAAGAAAACAUCUAUACGUUUGAUGACUUUGUAGAUCUUUGUAAGACAACAUCAAGAUAGAUUGGUUUUCCUUUGUUUUCUCAAAAUCAGCUAAAAGUGAGUUACUAGGGUUUGCCUUUGGACGGGAGAGUUGUCCAUAUUGUGCUCUCUUAUCUGCACUAUAGCUGGUGCUUACUGUGGACGUAUGCGCUCAGGUAUAACUAAUAAUUGCAUUCGCAAAUGGAUUGUGUAAAGAUGCAGAUUGCACCGAUUCUCUCCUCUCACGUGCCAUCUCUCGAUUUUGGAUUCCUUGCAUCAAAUUAACUACAUUUAGUCAUUGGUUGUUAAUGUGAUACUGUGUUUGUUUUUUAAUACAGCGGUUUACAAAAAAAUGAAGCCAGUGAGGCUUCCUACCAGGC